AUCGCCUGAUCUGGUAGCGAUCUUGGCCGGGUGUCAGUACUUCCUGGUUGUAAGUAAUGUUUUUUACCUUUUGCGCAUGGGCAGAAAGUUUUGUGCAUGCGCAGAAGGUCUGCGUGCGUGAGUGAAGCGAGCCAGUGUGCGCACCACGUGCGCUUCCAAGCCAGUAAGGAAGGUAAGUAGAUUUCACCCCCACGUUGAAGGAUGUCUCUUGGUUUCCAUCUCACCAUCGUCUUUUUCUUUUCCUCCUCCUCUCCUCUCCCCCAUGCAGAAUGUCCCACGGAAUCUCCUCUGCACCCUCUCCAAAGGGGUUCCUCUCGGAGGAAAAGUGAAGAGCUGCUGUCCCUGCAGGGAGGCUUGCUGCCCAGGGAGUUUGGGGCAGAAACAAGUGUUGAGCAGCCAUCUGGAGAAUGAAUUGGCUCCAUGCGGGAGGCCACGUUUUCUGCCCUGCCUGGAGCUUGGCCAAGCCUUGGCCUCCUGAAGGCUGGCCCACCCUCUCUGCCAUCACAGCCUGAAGAGGCCUGCAGCUAUGGACACGAGGGUCCCCGACCCCUGCUUUGAGCUGCCCUCACCAUGCUAGUGCUUGGGGACAAGAACUUCCUUACCGACGUCAUCUACAUUGCCUUUGAGCUGGUCAUUGCCCUUCUGGCCAUCUUUGGGAAUGUCUUGGUCUGUUGGGCCGUUUAUCUCAACAGCAACCUGCAGAACGUCACCAAUUACUUUGUGGCUUCCCUGGCGGUAGCUGACAUUGCGGUGGGGGUCCUGGCCAUCCCCUUCGCCAUCACGAUCAGCACCGGCUUCUGCGCCUUCUUUUACGGCUGCCUCUUCAUCGCCUGCUUUGUCCUGGUGCUGACCCAGAGCUCCAUCUUCAGCCUCCUGGCCAUUGCCAUCGAUCGGAUUAUUGCUAUCCGUAUCCCUCUCAGGUACAAUGCUCUAGUCACCAGCUCACGUGCCAAGGGAGUCAUCGCCAUCUGUUGGUUCUUAUCCUUCAUUAUUGGCCUGACGCCAAUGCUGGGCUGGCACAGGAAGGCUCUGGAAGAGAAUGGGCAAACUCAGAAUAGAACCAACUGCAGCAGCAAUAUGGUGCGUUGCUUCUUUGCAACUGUGGUCACCAUGGAUUACAUGGUCUACUACAACUUUUUUGCAUGUGUGCUGGUUCCUCUCCUUCUGAUGUUUGGGAUCUACUUGAAGAUCUUCAUGACAGCCCGGCAGCAGCUCAAGCAGAUGGAAAACAAGAUGAUGCAUGGGGAACGAUCCCGAUACAUUCUGCAAAAAGAGGUCCAUGCAGCGAAGUCUCUGGCCUUCAUUGUUGGGAUGUUUGCUAUCUGCUGGCUGCCAUUACACCUGAUCAAUUGCUUCACCCUCUUUUGCCCCACUUGCAACAACCCUCCCCCCGGGGUCAUGUACCUGGCCAUUAUCUUAUCCCAUGCCAACUCCGUGGUGAACCCCCUGAUCUACGCGUAUCAGAUCCGAGAGUUCCGCUGCACCUUCAGGAAGAUCAUCCAGCGGCACAUCCUGUGCAGGAAACAGGGCUUCAGAUCCGCCACUGCCAGCCGUAGGACUUCCGCUCACGAUGGUGAGACUGAAAACACGGCCAUACAGAUCAGCAACUAUUCGCUCAACUUCUACUCCAGCAGAGACUUCAGGAGCAUCCAUGGGGGCGGUUCUGGGGGGCAAAGCAUCUGCAUGGAAUGGACCCCAAGCCAGAAUGGACUGACUGGAGAAGUGAACGGGCACCUUGUACUUUCCUGCAAAAAUGGGGAGCUCCAGAAAAACGGAGCCCCUUAGCCUCUUGGGGUUCCUGGGUUUUAUGGCAACUUCAUUGGAAGCCUCGAAGGCGUCCUGAGGGUGGUGGGGCUGUUGCUGUGCUGGAGCUGAACCUUGCUAGGCUGCAGGGUUAAGGGAGGAGGCAUCCCUCUCUUCGGUUAAGGGAGAAGAGGACUGCCAGGAGAGGGAAAGGGCACCAGAACCAGGCACAGGGCCAGCAAGCCAAGGACUUCAUGGCUGCUUAAGGGGUCUUGGAGGAUGGGGGAGGGGCAGCAGCCCAUGUGAUCGUACCAGUCGGUGGCCAAAUUUUGCCAGUCUAGAUGUACUUAUUGAAUCACAGGGCAAGGAAACUGCAUGUUUUGCUGCUGUGGGGGGAGGGAAGGCUGACCAGUGGUCGCGGAGUCCAUCUGGCUGGCUGGCCAGAAGCCCAACAAUCAUUGUGUAAAUGCCAUUGUUCAUGUAAGAACACAAGUAGAGCAUUCUUCAGUGCAAACUC